GUGCGUGCAUGUCAAAAAAGCAGAGAUCGUCAGAAAUAGAAACCAAGGAAGGAAAAAGAAAAAGCGGGUUAACGGAGACUCCAGGGGCCGUCUAUUUUGGAAAUAAUUUGAUUCCAGGGAUUGCUUAUCGGAACCAAAGAAACAACAGUUGCGUGAAACAUUGGGAAAGUAAUGAGGACAUCUGUUCACCCGCUAUACAGCUUUUGAGGCGCAAGGAGAAAUAAUUAAACCAAUGUCUUUGUCGAAAGAGUGCAAUUCAACCUACUAGGCAAGAGAAGACAAGGGGAGAGCGGCAAAAUUGUCCCCAUCAUCAAGGGGACGGUGAAGUUGGAGGAGGAGCAACUCAGUAAUUCAAGGAGUUCAUUUUUAAGAUAGCUAGUUGUAACACAUACUUUUGUUCUUGGUGUUGUUAUUCAGAACAUACCUAUCAUUUCAAAGCCAGAUAAAUACUUUUCACAUCACAAGUUAUUUUUAAUGAUUUAGGAUUUUUGGAAAAAAAAUCCCUUCUUUUCCUGGCGAUUCCGUGCUGAAGGAUGCCAGAUCAGAUCUCGGUGUCCGAGUUCCUCGCGGAGACUACGGAGGAUUACAACUCCCCCACGACGUCCAGCUUCACUACCCGGCUGCAGAGCUGUAGGAAUACCGUUAACGUGCUGGAAGAGGCUUUGGAUCAAGACCGGACAGCACUGCAGAAGGUGAAGAAGUCCGUCAAAGCAAUCUUCAGUUCAGGGCAAGAUCAUGUGCAGAAUGAAGAGAACUACGCUCAAGCGCUCGACAAGUUCGGCAGUAACUUCAUCAGCCGGGACAACCCUGAUCUGGGCACAGCCUUUGUCAAGUUCUCCACCCUCACCAAGGAGCUAUCUGCCCUGCUCAAGAACCUGCUCCAGAGCCUGAACCACAAUGUGAUCUUCACCCUGGACUCCCUCCUGAAGGGGGACCUGAAAGGUGUCAAAGGGGAUAUAAAGAAACCUUUUGACAAGGCAUGGAAGGAUUAUGAGGCCAAGUUUACAAAGAUUGAAAAAGAGAAGCGAGAGCACGCCAAGCAGCAUGGGAUGAUCCGCACAGAGAUCACUGGAGCCGAGAUCGCUGAGGAGAUGGAGAAGGAGCGGCGGCUUUUCCAGCUGCAGAUGUGCGAGUACCUAAUCAAAGUCAAUGAGAUCAAAACCAAGAAGGGGGUGGAUCUUCUUCAGAACCUAAUAAAGUAUUACCACGCACAAUGCAACUUUUUCCAGGAUGGCUUGAAAACUGCAGAUAAGCUAAAGCAGUAUAUAGAGAAGCUGGCUGCUGAUUUGUACAAUAUAAAGCAGACACAGGAUGAAGAGAAGAAGCAGCUGACCGCCCUGCGGGAUCUGAUCAAGUCCUCUCUACAGUUGGACCAGAAGGAGUCAAGGAGAGACUCUCAGAGCAAGCAGGGUGGAUACAGCAUGCACCAGCUCCAGGGCAACAAAGAGUUUGGCAGUGAGAAAAAAGGCUACCUGAUGAAGAAAAGCGAUGGAUUGCGGAAGGUGUGGCAGCGGAGGAAGUGUUCGGUGAAGAACGGGAUCCUCACCAUAUCACACGCCACAUCCAACAGGCAGCCAGUUAAACUCAAUCUGCUCACCUGCCAGGUGAAGCCAAGCGGAGAGGACAAAAAGUGCUUCGACCUCAUUUCCCAUAAUCGAACAUACCAUUUCCAGGCUGAGGAUGAGCAGGAGUUUGUGAUCUGGAUCUCAGUGCUGACUAACAGUAAGGAAGAGGCCCUGAAUAUGGCCUUCCGCGGGGAGCAGACUCCUGGGGAGGACAGCCUGGAGGACCUCACCAAGGCCAUCACUGAUGACGUGCUGCGCAUGCCCGGCAAUGACAUGUGCUGCGACUGUGGGGCCCCAGACCCCAAAUGGUUGUCCACAAACCUGGGUAUUUUGACAUGCAUUGAGUGUUCAGGCAUCCACAGGGAGAUGGGAGUACAUAUUUCACGAAUCCAGUCCAUGGAGCUAGAUAAAUUGGGAACUUCUGAACUCUUGCUGGCCAAGAAUGUAGGAAACAGUAGUUUUAAUGAAAUUAUGGAAGGGAACCUUCCUUGUCCUUCACCAAAGCCCGUUCCGUCAAGUGACAUGACGGCAAGGAAGGAGUUCAUCAAUGCCAAGUAUGUGGACCACAAAUUUGCCCGCAAGACCUGCACUUCGGCAUUUGCCAAGAUGAGCGAGCUGUAUGAAGCUGUGAAGUCUAGGGAUCUACUUGCACUAAUCCAGGUCUAUGCCGAGGGGGUGGAGCUGAUGGAGCCGCUGCCCGAGCCAGUCCAGGAGCCAGGAGAGACAGCACUCCACUAUGCGGUGCGGACUGCAGACCCGACCUCACUGCACCUAGUCGACUUCCUUGUGCAGAACAGCGGCAAUCUGGACAAGCAGACAGAGAAGGGGAACACGGCACUGCACUACUGCUGCAUGUAUGAGAAGUACGAGUGUCUCAAACUGCUCCUGAGGGGCAAGCCUGCGACAGACAUCACCAAUCUAAAUGGAGAGACUGCACUGGAUGUCGCCAAGAGGCUAAGGAACACACAGUGUGAAGAACCAUUGGUGCAGGCGGCAGCUGGGAGGUUGAACCCUCACGUGCAUGUGGAGUAUGAGUGGAAUCUGCGGCCCGAGGAGAUGGAUGAGAGUGAUGACGACCUGGAUGACAAGCCCAGUCCCAUUAAGAAGGAGCGCUCCCCACGGCCCCAGAGCUUCUGCCACUCCUUCAGCCUCUCCUCCCAGGAUAAGCUGUCACUGCCUGGGUUCAUCGGGUACCGCGACAGACAGCGCCUCUCCUACAGCGCCUUCACCAACCAGAUGUACAGCGUCUCCACUGACUCAGCCACCUCGCCUGUCAUAGAUGCCCCACCUCUACCCCCCAGGAACGUUGGCAAAGUACCAAUUCUGACUUUUACCGGAUCUCAGACGUCACACUAUGCCACUGUGGCGGGCACCCGACCAUUUCUCCCUCCCUCCUCUGGUCCCUCCACCCUCCCUCUGGGCUCCCAAGCACUCGGGGGCUCUACCCUGUCCAAGAAGAGGCCUCCGCCCCCUCCCCCCGGCCACAAACGCACCCUGUCUGACCCGCCCAGCCCUCUACCUCAUGGCCCACAGAGUAAAGGAGGGAUAACUUGGGGAAGCGACUCCACACCGCCUGUAAUGAAUAAGGCAUCACCUGCAGCUAACAAGUUUGAAGGCAUUCCACAGCAGCAAAGCACUACUUCUAGUACCACGAAAUCUACACUUGGUCCAAGGGUUCUCCCCAAACUACCUCAGAAAGUGGCACUACGCAAAAUCGACACCAUCCAUCACCCCUCCAUAGACAAACCCAGCCACCUCCCAGAGUUGCUGCAGAAGCCCCCCCAGACUGCUGAGACUCCACAGAAAGCCCCACUGCCAGAAAAGCUGCAGCUGGGAGAUCUGCCUCCCAAGCCCCACAUUUCAGACUUGCCCCCUAAGCCAGGAGAACUGCCCCCCAAACCACAGCUGUCUGACCUUCCUCCCAAACCCCACCUUGGGGACCUCCCCCCAAAACCUCAAAUCAAAGACCUCCCCCCUAAGCCUCAGCUCUCAGAUAUCUCCCCAAAGCCACCAGUGGCUGAAUCCAAACUGUUCACCGGUGAAGUGACACCAAAACCACAGCCCUCUGACACAUCGGCCUCGAGCCAGCAGGAUGAGCAGGUGCCACAACAGGCUAGGGAGGAAACCAAUGGCACCCCACUUUGUGUCACUGAGAUGCCCGUCCCACUGCCCAGAAAAAUAAAUACGGGGAAGAGCAAAGCGAGGCGGGUGAAAACCAUCUAUGACUGCCAGGCAGACAAUGACGACGAGCUCACUUUCGCAGAGGGAGAGGUGAUCAUUGUCACGGGAGAGGAAGACCAGGAGUGGUGGAUCGGGCACAUUGAAGGGCAGCCAGAGAGGAAAGGGGUGUUCCCCAUGUCCUUUGUGCACAUUCUGUCUGACUGACUGUGGAGGGCCUUUCCUAUUGCACAAACUCUGACCCCCCCCUGGCCUCACGCAUUAAUGAGGGUGCCACCUCUGUAUAUAGCUGCUGUUACAACCAGAAACAAAACAAAGCAAACAACCCCACAUGGGCUCAUCUCACCUUCUUGCUGAAGGACAGAUGUAAAUAAACAGUGUUAUCCUGCCUGUACCAGUAUUGCAAUAGUCUUGGAGCCUGGCACGCCUUACUGGGUUUGCUGUAGCUAUCCUCGAAAUUGAGCACUUACAUAACAUCUGCCUAUGCUGUUACUGUAAGUAUAUAUGUAUGUAUGUACAUAUGUGUAUACAUGUACACAUUUGUGCACAUAGGAAUACAU